GGAGACUCGAGCUGGAGACCUUUUGGUGAGUGUGGGUUUUUAUUAGAUUCGUUUCAAGUAAUUAGUAGUUUGUAAUUACUAGGACUAUUUAGUUUGUUAAUUAGAGUGGGGUUGGGAUUAUUUUGUAGCUAGUUCCAAUUAGGACAAGGUCUGAUUUGUCAAUUGCUGUAACCGAUUGGAACUUAUAAAUAAAUAUACCUGCUGAAUUUCAGUAGCCAACGAUUGAGAGUGUUAUGAGUUAUUGAUUAAAUGGCACUAUUUAAGUGAACAAUGCCGUGAAAAGUAUUCACAGGUACUGUUCACAUGAACAGUUACUCGUGAAUAGUAAACUUUAUGUUUUUCCGUUUUUUAUUUCAGCUGCCAAUGAUUGAGAGUGCUACAGUGCCGUGAAAAGUAUUCACAGGUACUGUUCACGUGAACAAUAACUCGUGAAUAGUAACUUUAUGUUUUUCCGUUUUUAUGCCAUGAUCAUAUAUAUUGAACGAAGUGGGCUGUCUCAACUGCACGGUUGUGACUCCUUUAAAGCCAUAUCUUUUCUCCUCUUCCUCCCUUUUCUCUUCUACUUUUUCCUUUUUAUUAUUUUUAUUAUUAUUUACAGAGAGAGAUGAGUUUUUGUUUGAUAGUCAUUGAACUGUGAGAUGCAGUGCGGCAAAAUAUUCCUUGAGUAGGUGAGAGUCCUUCGAGUGGGGUGAGAUGCCUAGUUAAGAGAGAGAUAAUCAACCCAACCUAUUCCUUUUUAUUUGUAUUUUCUUCUUAUUUUCCAAUUGAUUUUCCAUGAGGGGUCAGAGUUCUGAAAUCUGCUGCCAUCGGGGACCAAUCAAUGGUGAAUUCCAGUUGAAGAAAACAGUUUUGAUUGCUGCAAGAAGGCUGAGAAAUAUCUUCUGAAGUUGCUGACGGGAAUCUGCUUCAAACCAUCCUGCGAUUCUGUUCUCUUGGUGGGUUUUGCUGAAACCCUAUACCAAUCGAUCUCACAUAUCAGCCGCUGGGUGCUUCCCAAAUUUUGAGAUACAAUUCCACAUUAAAAAGGGGACGACUACUCAAUGGAGGUUUGAGGCUGGUCUGAAAUCUGGGUAAUCCAGUCAAGAUAAGAAAUAAUGAAUGAGCUGAGCUUUUUGCAAAUAUUUGGAAGGCAUGUGUGUGCUAGCAUUUCUUCAGAUAUUCUGGCAUUUAUUGACACUGUCGCUUAAGCUUCAUAUUGGCCAACCAUGAGAAAUGUCGUUGAUUCAGAAGUGGUGCAGUACCCACCACCACCUGCUUUGCAUAGACCUUUAGUUAGGAAAGAAAUACCAUACAGAUAAGCGAGGAACCAAAAUCUGCAUUAGCUCCUGAGACAUGAGCCAAGAGAACCAAGGGACUGAUUCUUUUCCAAUGGAAAAUACCCCAGUGAAGCGGAAACGAGGCCGUCCUCGAAAGGAUGGAAAUCUGGUCCGUGGGGAGCCAGCUUCGACAUCUCUGCCUGUAACUGAUAUGGUGAGGAGAAACCGACGUCGUAGGGUAGAUCAAAUUGAUGAUGCCAUGGUGGGCCAGGUUGUUUCUGGUGCCCUUGAAGGGUCAUUUGAUGCUGGAUACUUGCUCACUGUCAAGGUUGGCAACACCAAUACUGUUUUGAGGGGUGUUGUGUUUGAACCAGGGUUGUCCGUUCCCAUUUCUGUGGCGAAUGAUGUGGCCCCACAUGUCAAGAUGUUCAAAAGAAAUGAGAUUUCCCUGCCAACCCAGGUGCAAGGUACCAACCUCCAAUCUGAGCAAAAUAAUGGAAGACUUGUCAAGGUUUCAGGGAAUGAGGGUGUUCUUGCGUCAAAUGUCUCUCCACCUGUCAAGCAGGUCCCUAGAGCACCCCAAUUAUUGCCCUCACAGGCUCAGGCCAAUCCCAUGGCAUUCUCAAAGGGAGAAGUUAAUGACACUAACAAUGUCCCAAAAACUGCACCCCAUGCCUUGCAGCCAGAGGAGAGCAAAGCCAAGAGCUCACCUAGCCUACCUGCCAAAGGACUGGCAGGUGAAGCAAGUGAUGAUGCCAAUCAUGUUGAUCAAGUUUCUUCACAACCGGCAGCAUCUCAGACUGAGAACAGGACGCCCACUGAUGUUAUGCAAAAUGACGAGUCUGGUCAUCCCACAAGAGAUGCACCCCAUUCCUUGCCACCAGAGGAUAAUAAAGCCAAGAUAUCACCCAGCCGACCUGCCAAAGGAGUGGCAGGUGAAGCAAGUGGCGAUGCCAAUCAUGCUGUCCAAGUUUCUUCACAAGUGGCAGCAUCUCAGACUGAAAACUGGAUGUCAACUGAUGUUAUGCAAAAUGACAAGUCCAGUCUUCCACCAAGAGAAGCUGGAGGACUGGCCAUCGAUGCUGGCCAGGUGGUUCAAGUUUCUAUGCAAACAGCAGCAGCACCUCAGAUAGAGAAGAAAAAGUCUAUUGAUUUGUUGACAAAUGACAAGUCUGAUCUUCCCACAAGUGAACCUGAAGGAGUGCCAAGUGAUAUCAAUCAGAUGGUACAUGUUCCAUCACAGGUUGAGGCUAUGAAGUCAACCUAUGUAUUGCCUAAUGAAAAGCUUGUACUCCCCGCAAGAGAACCUGAAGGUCCACUAAAUGAUGCCAGUCAGGUGAUUGAGGAUUCUUUGCAGCCAGCUGCACCUCAGAGAGAAAAUAGAAAGUCAGCCAAUGUGUUGCCUGAUGACAAGACUGAUCUGCUCACAAGAGAACUUGAUAGUUCCAACCAAGCCUCACUUGUCAAGGCAGAGCAAGUAGUACAGCCUGUGGUUAAGGGUGAACCUUCUGCAACCCAACCUUUACAGAUGGUGCAUGACAGAGCUGUUGCACCAGCUGAGAUAUUUCAGGAAAAUGAAGCUGCAGCUCUAAUCAAGCAGCCCCUGAAAAAUUCAAUCACAUCCGAAGAUUCAGAAUUCAUCCCUAGCAUUGAACCUUCUAUUGAGAAACUGCCGGGCAGUGAAUCCAUUGACCAGAUUAACCAAGUUGAAUCGCAUGCGAUGAUAUCAGAACUUCAGCCUGGCUUGCAUGCUGAUGAUGCUUUGACCUCGGGGGGCUCUGAAGUUAAACUAAACUGCAUCCCUGUGUCAGAUCCACCCGAGACUGUAGCUGCCCAACCAAAUAAUGAAGUGACCAACUUGUUAGAAAAGAAAGCUUCUCCAAAAGGUGAUACACCACAAGAUUUAGCAGCUAAACUUUCAGAUGAGAUUCCAGGUAGAUUUGAACUUUCACAUUUGGAUGGGAGGGCAAAAACUGAUGUCUUUGAAGUGACCGAGGGACAUAUCGAGUCUGAAUCACAGUGCCGUCAACCAGUAGGUGUGUUCCACAGAGGAAGUAGUGUGCAAAUCUGUGACACUUCUCUGUCCAUGCAUAUUGAAGAAAGCAUCUCCAAGGAUACUAUUCCCAGUGAACAAAAGUCCCAAGCAUUGAAGAAAGUAACUACUCCAUUUCUGUCUGUUGACUUGGGAGCUGAGAUAGAGACUACGGAAUCUUUGCUUCCAAAAGAAGUGCCUGGGCACCAAACCUCUACUUCCACCCUGCCCAUCCAGACUGAAGAUGGUGUCUCAGAGGAUACUUUUCCCAGUGUUCAAUCUCAGUGUGAUCCUGUAGAAUCAAAGGUUACCGAUAGUAUGAAUGCCUGAGAAGGUGAUGAAGUAAAAAAAAAAAACAUGCUCUAACAGAAGAUAACUGCACUGAAGCCUUGAAGACAAAAUACAGCUAAUGAUACUACUGACAGUAAAGAGAUUCAUGAAAUUUCUUAUAGGAGGAAAUUUUUGGGGAUAAACAUACCGAAGGAUCAACUAUAGAAAAUAUUUUGUAUUCUUGAACACCAUUCUAUGACUAUAAUUAUCAACCAUCAGUUAAAUUCUCAGUUGCUUGGAGAAAAACAAAAUCCAUUACUUGUGACUUUGACUCUCAUUCCUUCGAUCUGCUGUUUGGAUAGCUAACUAACUGCUUCUUUCCUCAUUGUAACAGAAUACAGAUUAGGAAAACCCGCUGGUUUUUUCGGUCUUGGUA